AUGGAGGCGUUUAACCAAAUAUUCAAAAGGGAUGCUCCUGUUGAUGCUGAAACAGAAGUAAUACAAGAUUCGGGGCCCCAAUAUGAUCAUGAACCUACAAAGAAGGCACAACUCCAGCAGAGCAUUACUCCUAUAUCUGCUCAAUUUAUAUCCAUUGGCAGUGCCAUUGGAACAGGUUUACUCAUUGGUAGCGGCAAGUGUCUUACUGCGGGACCAUUGGUAAUGAUGAUAGGGUAUUCUGUUACCUCGAUGUUCAUCUAUUUGAUGUGUCAAGCUUUAGGAGAACUUACCGUCACUCUUCCACUGAAUGGAGGCUUCACCAAUUACACCUCAAGACUACUUGGUCCAAAUUGGGGAUUUACAUUAGCUUGGAACUAUGGGUUACAAUGGGCCAGUGUACUUCCCAUGCAAUUGAUAGCUGCUCGAAUCACCAUGGAUUAUUGGAAUGAUGCCAAACUCCCAAUAACGAUCCCAAUGUUCAUUGUGGUCAUGGCUGCCAACUUGUUUAGUGUACGAAUUUAUGCUUAUCUUCAGACUUUCUUUUCAAUAAUCAAACUUUUUUCACUAGCAUUGUUUGCCAUUGCAGCCGUAGGAGUGAAUAUGGGGGCAUUUAAUGAUGAUGCGAUUGGGUUCAAGUACUGGAAGAACCCAGGACCAAUUUCAGAUCAAGGGCUAUUAGGGUUAGUUAUUUGUAUUUCAACCUCGAUAUUCUCCUUUGCUGGAACAGAGCUAAUAGGCGUAACAUCUUCAGAACAAAUGAAUCCAGAGGAAACUGUUCCCAUUGCUAUCAAACAAUUGAGCAUGAGGGUAGUCAGUGUUAUACUUCCCUGUGCUUUCAUUAUUUCAUUGUCUGUGCCUUACAAUGACCACAAUUUGAUUGGCUCCGCCAAAGGUUCAAAUUCAUCCCCAUUUGUAUUAGCAUUGAGCAAAGAAGGAGGAGGGGUUGCUUCCAGUUUAAUGAAUGGAGUGGUUUUAGUAACGGUGAUUUCACUGGGUGUGAGCUCAGUGUAUGCCGCGUCCAGAACUUUAGUAGCAUUGGCUGAGAAUGGCCAUGCUCCUUCAUGCUUCACCAAAACUACUAAUAAUGGGACUCCUUUUAAUGCUGUUGUUGUGGUAGGAUUAGUAGGGGUUACAGUACUCUUUCUUGAUUUUUUGCCAGAGUUUUUGGAUCAAGCAUUAAUGGUAUUCAUUUCGUUUGGCGGUGCAUCUAUUUUAUUCUCAUAUUUGACUAUUUGUGCUUGUCAUAUUCGAUUGAGAAGAUUACUUUCCGAAAUGGAUAUUCCAUUGGCCAAAUUACAUUUCCAGGCUCAAUUUGGCAUCUACGGCUCAAUAAUUGCAGUUACAAUGGCAACUUGCCCUCAUCAUUCCAUCCCCCUACGAAAUACAAUCACAUCCAAUGGCAACCCCAAAUUAUACCGAACUCUUGCUGCCAGUUAUGCUGAAGAAAUCCAACAAAGCUCACUGAAGAUGACGGCCUAUGAGCAACAAAAGUGUUUGGACUUGCUAGAAAAAGUUAACGCAGACAUAAUCACCAAGUGUGCAAAACAAAGAGCCCCUUUCCAAUUCACAGGUUCUCCAAUCCCCCCUGUUUCCAGUUACAACAGGACGCAACAAAAGAAGACAAAAGUAGAAACCCAUGAUGAUAAAUUUGAGAUCUGGACAGAACCCCUCGUGGACGAGAAGAGAUCUAUAGAGACCAAUCACAUUUAUCUCAACUCAACUUCAGGCAGUGUUAUUGUGUGCAAUGGGAAAGCUAUUCGAUCAGUUCACAUUGCAGAAGCUCAGAGAUCUCUAUUGAUAAUUGCUGCUUCCGAUUCAGUAUUCCUUAGAAAAGUGGAGAAUUGUGUAAUAGUGGUUUCUUGCCACCAACUACGAUGUUUAGAGGUCAAAAAUUGUUCCAUUUACGUCCAUGUUAGCAAUAAUACCAUGACUAUAGAAAAAUGCAAGGGGCUCCAAAUAGCAUCACCACCUGACUCAGAACCAGUGAUGGUGGAUGACUUUAAUGCACCCCUCAAAUCGGACCGGAAUCCUCAUUUUGUUUACAUUGACUAUUCGUUAUCGGGUCAAUUGAGUGAAUGGGCAGAAUCUUCCAUGGACGAUGGGCCCCUUUUGCCGCAAGGUAAACAGACUCUUUGUACAUUUUUGGAGCCGCAGACUAUAAUUCGAUAG